AUGAAUCCAGCUCACCAAGGCGCAAAACGCGUCGCCUCAUCCCUUCCCUCUUCCAAAAACCACAUCUGCCUCACCUGCCGCCUCAGCAUCGCCUCCCAACCUCCACGUCACCGCAGCUACGCCAGCACCGCGACCGCACCCAUCCGCCCGCCUCCUUCCCAAGCCACAACCCAACUGACUCCUCCCUCAACCUCAGCCCCGCCAACCUCCCAACCAGCCUACACCAUCAAAGCCGGCAUCGUCCUCUCCCGCCCCCCCCUCCUGACCCCGGAUCCGCAUCCCUUCGAAACAGCCUACUACCUCUACCAGCGGCGCCUGAACGAGCGCCUCGUCCUCCCCUUCACGCAGUAUUUCUACUUCAAGCCGAACGGCGUCGCGGGCAGGGAUGUGGGUGGGUAUAACGCGUUCGGGAAGGAGGGGUGGAAUGAUGAGGCGUUGAUGGGGGAUGAGAGUGGGGAGAGGGAGGUGAUUGUGAGGAAGUUGAUCGAGGAGGAAGGGAGGGCGCGGAAGGAUCAAGACGUUUUGGGGCAGGGAAAGGCGGAUGCGGGUGUGGAUAUGGGUGGGCUGACGAGGAGAACCGAGGCGGACGAGAUGGGGGAUGUGAGGAGUUUGGAACGCGCGUUGACGAGGACUCUGUAUUUACUGGUCAAGAGGAAGAGGGCGAAAGGGAAGGAGGGGGCGUACUGGAGUUUCCCGAGUGGUGUGCUGGAGGGAAAGGAGGGGUUGAAGGAGGCAGCACAGCGAAUCCUCGAUUCCUCCUGCGGCCCAAACAUGUUCACCUGGUUCGUCGGAAAUCACCCCGUAGGCCACUACAUUUACCACAUCCGAAACCGGGCGCGAAUCACCCAAUCCGACUCUUCGCCAACGCCUGCCAACCAAACUCCCUUGGCAGGCGAAAAGACAUUCUUCAUGAAGGGUCGUAUCGCAAAAGGCCAGGCGGAUCCGAAGGGCAACGAGAUGGGCGUCGAGGAUUUCAAAUGGCUUAGUAAAGAGGAGAUCCAGAGGGAAGUUAGCCCACAGUAUUGGGCUAGUGUCAAAAAUAUGCUGGUGGAGCAAUGA